CUUCCGUGGCCUUCUGACCUUUCCCGUCCGAGGAAUUGGCCAGCAUCGUUUGUCUGAAUCCGAUACUUCAAUUGGCUCCGUCGCCGUCACACAAAAUUCAUGACCCCCCACGUCUCCAGGAAUGGAUUGGAGCAGCUAGCGCCUCUGGGCAAGUAGAGCGGCCCGAAUCAAGAGGAAAUACCACCUCGAAUGGCAACUCUGACUCGUGUGGCUGCCGGUACUGUGUACGCUUGGACAACCACCUCAGCCUUAGCUGCUUGGCGAGAUCUUGGCUCGAGGAGAUUGGAAGCUUUUUCGCGGGGAAUCUCGGCGUGCACUCUGGGGAUUCGUGAAAUAGAUCUCAAAUUCCCAAUGCAUCAGGUGGACCCGACACCUUACUCCCUCAUGCGGAGGGCGCCACGGAUAAGAGUGAAAUUAUUGCCAUUAUGUAUAAAAGGGCGCCGGCAAAGGCGUAAUCCUGAUGUCGCUUCACGUCCGAGGAGCAUCAUUCCCUCCUACGUAUAUUACAGCAAAUUCUUAAUUUUUUUAUUUUUUUUUUAUUAUUCCCUUUCGUUUCUGGCUUUCUCCUUCGUUGAGCAUCUCACAACAACAUGAACACCAGUAACGAACCAGCGGAACCUGUCCCCACGGGCAUUAUCGCGACUGCGAAACAGGCCUGGGGGGAUCUGUUCAAGUGGAAGCAACGAGUCGUUGUGACCAACGAGUACGGCGAGACGCGAACUGAAUGGCAAGACCCGGAUCCCAUCAAGAACCCCAUUAGCCUGUUUGCACAGCUCAGCGCCAGAGACUGGCUGUUCUUCCUCGUUGGCCUGGUCGCUUGGACUGCGGAUGCUUUCGACUUUCAUGCGCUGUCUAUUCAACAAGUAAAACUGUCUAAAUAUUACCAUCGCACCAAAACCGAUAUUUCAACAGCAAUUACACUGACGCUUCUCCUGCGAAGCGUUGGGGCCGCUCUUUUCGGUCUGGCUGGUGAUCGGUUCGGCCGUAAAUGGCCGAUGGUGGUGAACAUGAUUGUGUUGGGAGUGUUACAGAUUGCGACCAUCUACAGUCAAACCUUCCAGCAAUUCCUCGCCGUGCGCAGUCUGUUUGGUCUUUUCAUGGGCGGUGUGUAUGGAAACGCCAUCGCCAUGGCUCUAGAGCAUUGUCCUGUCAACGCCCGUGGUCUGAUGUCGGGUAUCCUUCAACAGGGAUAUUCCCUGGGUUAUGUUUUCGCCGCGUGUGCCAAUCUCGGAGUCGGCGGAGGGACCGACAGCUGGAAGACCGUAUUCUGGAUUGCAGCUGGUAUCUCAAUUGGUGUCGGCCUGAUCCGAAUCGCUUUCCCUGAGUCUAAGCAGUUCCUCGAAGCUAAGAAGGCCGGCAAGAAAUCCAAAAGUGCAGGGGCAUUUUGGCAGGAAACAAAGGUUAUGCUCGGCCAGGAGUGGAAAAUGUGCAUCUACGCGAUUAUUCUCAUGACUUGGUUCAACUAUUAUUCCCACACCUCACAAGACUCCUACACCACGUUCAUGUUGACACAGAAGGGCAUGGAGAAUUCCGGCGCUUCCCGUGCUUCCAUCCUCAUGAAGACUGGCGCUUGCGUUGGUGGCACCAUUAUCGGAUACCUGUCCCAGUUCUUCGGUCGCCGUCGAGCUAUUAUUGUCUCCGCAUUCAUUUCUGGUGUUCUGAUUCCAGCCUGGAUCCUUCCUGAGGGCGAACGGUCCUUGAGCGCCUCCGGAUUCUUCAUGCAAUUCUUCGUCCAGGGUGCUUGGGGUGUUAUCCCGAUUCAUCUGAAUGAGCUUUCCCCACCGGCCUUCCGGUCAUCCUUCCCAGGUAUUACGUAUCAACUUGGCAACAUGAUCUCGUCCCCUUCUGCACAGAUUGUCAACGCCAUCGCGGAGAAGACCUUUAUCACUGGCACAACCGGGAAGCCUGCCCCGGCGUAUGGGCCAACCAUGGGCGUGGCCACGGCUAUCAUCGCGACCGGAAUCAUAGUGACCACUGCGUUUGGCCCGGAGAAGCGUGGUCGUAGAUUCGAGACCGCCGUUGCCGGUGUGGAAGAGGGCGGGCCCCAGAAGGACCUUGACGUUGAGAAGGGCCAUGAGCUAGAGCAAAAGGCUACGGAAGAGAGGGUUGAGAAGAUAGAAAAGAUUUAGCUUGGCACCGUAUGAUGAUGAUGAUGAUGAUGAUG